CUUUCUAUGAUAUACCUCAUAAAAGCCGGGGCGAUCGUACCUGAGCCCAAACCCAUCAAGAAAGCAACCCAAGAAACUUCCAACCCACCCCGCAACCCCACUAACCUCACCCCAACAGGCAAAAAGCGCUUUGAACUCGCCUGCUACAAGAACAAACUCCUUGAAUACCGCUCCGGUGCCGAAAAAGACCUCGACAAUGUCCUCCAAGUCCCCACGAUCUUCCUCUCCGUUUCCAAAGCCCAAACCGCCCCCUCAGCCGAAUUAACAAAGGCCUUCGGCGCCGACACCCCGGCCGACGAGAUCCGUCAAGAAAUUCUACGAAAGGGCGAAGUGCAAGUUGGCGAACGCGAACGGAAAGAAAUUAUCGAGCGAGUGGAGAAGGAAGUGUUGGAUAUUGUAUCGGGACGGCUCGUCGACCCUACGACAAAGCGGGUCUACACACCGGGAAUGAUCUCUAAAGCUUUGGACCAGCUGAGCUCGGCUAGUGGACAACAGCAGUCGCAGGGUCAGCCUGCUAAUGGGGAGGCAAAUGGGGGAGAGGUCGACCCGGCUCAGCCUCGGAAACCUCUGUGGACGGGUGUUACGGCCAAUAAGUCAGCGAAGAGUCAAGCGCUUGAUGCUAUGAAGGCGCUUAUUGCGUGGCAGCCUAUUCCUGUGAUGCGGGCGCGGAUGCGUCUUCGUGUUACUUGUCCUGUGUCGCUGUUGAAGCAGAGUGUCAAGGGUGGUGCGGCUGCUGGUGGUGCUGGGGCUGGUGGUAAAGAGAAGGAGGCGCCGUCAAAGGGAGGCUCCAAGGGCAACAAGAAGGGCGGAAAGGGAUCCAAGAAGUCGCGUCAGCAGGAAUCGGAUGACGAGGCUGGUGGAUCUGAUGCAGAGGCCGGGCCAGCCAAGGGCCCGAGCAAUGUCAAGGACAAGAUCCUGAGCUACAUCGAGUCAAUCGAGGCCCAGGAGGUCGUCGGCGGGGACGAGUGGGAGAUCAUUGGCUUCGCAGAGCCAGGGGCUUUUAAGGGUUUGAAUGAAUUCGUGGGCAACGAGACACGGGGCCGAGGACGUGUGGAGGUCCUGGACAUGACGGUGACCCAUGACGAGUAAGCCGACGACAGCCUUGCUUCCAGGGAUCGGACGGAUUCAUGUACAGCCUGAUAUGAUUGAUGACUAGGAAGGAUACCAUAGAUAUGAACCAAUGCAAGACCAUUCCGGUGACAA